AUGUGCCAGUCCAGCUGCUCCACGGGCUGCCAGCAGGCCUGCUGCGUGCCCAGCUCCUGCCAGACGUCCUGCUGCUUGCCCAGCUCCUGCCAGCCAGCCGUGUGCGUGCCCAUGAGCUGUAAGCCAGCCGUGUGCAUGCCCGUGAGCUGUAAGCCAGCUGUGUGCAUGCCCGUGAGCUGUAAGCCCAUUGUGUAUGUGGCUCCCUCCUGCCAGUCCUCUGGGGGCUGCCAGCCCUCCUGCCCCACCCUGCUCUGCAGGCCUGUCCCCUGCGGCACCCCUACGUGCUGCUGA